CAUAGACAGGCGCAUAGAGGACAGGCGCCGCUUGUGAACGCCGCGUUAUUCCGCUUACCGUUACCACGGAAACAUUUUACCCAAUCAGAGACGAUUUGGCAAGAUGCUGUGGAAACAGUAGCCAAUCAUAGAGUCUGUUGUUUAAGAGUCAGUCAGUUUGAAAAGGCAAAGCAAGCUUUUUCUAACUGACGGAAACAGAAAAGUGUGGUAUCCUGCAUAAUAUAAAACAGAUGUCCUCAGACGAAGAGGAUCCUACCAGUCCUGUUCUGCCCAAGGACUCUGAUGCAGGCAGCUCUGUCUCCUCUGAGCUUCAGGAUGAGUAUGAGGAGCUCCUCCGCUAUGCUGUGGUCACCCCUAAGCUUGACAGACUCACCAGUGCUCACUUGCAGCGGCUGGGCACCUCACAUCUGUCUGCAGAGGGCCGGCCUUCCCGGAGAAAAGAUGACACAAAAUCACAAGGCCCUCAUUCCUUUUUAUCUGUUUGUCAUUGUGACUCUGAUUUGAGAUCACAAGUCUCUCCCUUACUUGUUGAGCCCUCCACACGCUCAAGAGCCUCUCAUGCUGAGGAGAUGGCAGGUCGGUCAUUUAGCAGGGCGUCAGUGCUCUCGAACACUCCCUCAGACAGGUUACAGACAGUGUCUGAGAGGUCUAGGCCAAACAGCCCACACAUCUUUGAGUCCACUGUGACAGACAUGUUUAUAUCAGAGGAGAACAUAAGCAAGAUGGGGAACAUUCUGGACACGUGGAGCAACAACUUGAAGACAAAUGUGCUGACUGAGCUCAGGAAGUGGAAGAUGGCCUUCAUGGAGCAACACAAGCUGGAGAUGCGAAAAGAGAGGGAGAGGUGUGCAGCCCAGACAACUGGCCUGAGGUCAGAGUUAGACAGCCUGAAGGGGCUGCUACACACCUACGAGACUUCCAACCAGAGAAAAGAUGAGGUGAUUGGGAACCUGAGCCAGGUGCUGGACAGACAAAAAGAAAAGCUUGAACAAAUGAGGGCCUUCACCCACUGGAGACUCCAGCACGCUGCUGCCAAAGAAGAGGCUCAUGCUGCUCAGGUAGCACAGCAGCACUACAAUUUGCAGCUGAAGAAGAAGGUGUGGUUGGGAUGGCAGUCUCUGAUCCAGAAACACUGGAAGGUCAAGGUGGAGCAGGCUUGCCGUGCAAGAGCUGAAGAGGUCUGCACCCGCCUGUCUACAGAGUAUGAGGCCAAGCUGGCAGAGCACUGUGAGGCUACAGAAAGAGCACAGGCAGAGAUUCAAAGACUGCGACUUGAGCGUGAGCGCUAUGAAGAAUCUAUGAAGAAAGCCUUCAUGAGGGGCGUGUGUGCUCUCAACAUGGAGGCUCGCAUGUUCCACACUACAGAGGGACGGCCGGAGCACCAUCCAGUUCAUAAUCAGCAUGAUAAUCUGCCUCCCCAGGAUGAGCCUGGCUCUGCUACCUUGGCUCAAGUUCAACCAUAUCCCAUCUCUUCCACACAGUUCAGCCCAGUCCACUUUGACCGCCCAGACCCUUCCCACAGUGAAAUAGAGGAUAUGGUGGGCUCUGGUGCCCCGGUGUCCAGGGCAGAAAUGAUCCCUCCUACUUCAGUGGUGCACAGCUCACUGCCACUUGGGGGCACUGCAAUUUCCCACAAACAGGUGAGCAGUCGUGUCAUCACAGCUAGUCAGCAAAGACCCUCAAAGACUGUAACAGCUCGCAUCACUGCACGCACUGACGUUGGUAAAGCCGCCCGCAGCAACCUCCAGGUGAUGGGUGUUGCUCCGCCCAUGAGCUCUGUGAUAGUUGAACGCCAUCAUCCUGUCACACAGCUCACCAUCGGUCAGGCGAUGGCUUCUAAGUUUCCCCGCCCCUCCCAGCCGGGCCAAAGCUCCACUGGAGGCAGAAGCUCCUCCAGAACACACACCAGCACAUGCCAAGUACACUCCAUCAAAGUAGUUGACUGACCACUCAUACAUAGCUCACACAGGAGGUGUUGCUCACUUAGUCUAGAUAUAAAAUUGAACACAUCCUAUGCAAUAAUCUUAGUUACCAUGGUAAUGGUUUCAAGUCCAUUUUACUUUGAUAUCUUGGAGUGAAUUUGCCCUUGAUUUCUGUAUCUUAAGUGAACGUUAGAUUGUUUUUAGCUUACUCUCAUGAUUGUGGAUAGUUUAUUAUUUGUCCUCAAUGAGGACAUUUUGGAAUGUGCACGAUUUCUUGAGCAAUAUUAUUUUACUACUCAGACACAGGUGUUUAGAACUGCACAUGUAAAUGUUUUUAAUUAAAACCAGCUGGACAGAGUUUAGAAUUGCAAAAUGGAUGUUUAUUUCUAUCAAAAUGUUUUACUCUUAAUUAUGCACAGGUGAGACUGUAAUGUAGUAUUUAUUUUAUAGAUGUUUUUUUAAUGACACUGACUGUUCAACAUAACAGGUUGUUUGCUUUAUUAAACCAAAGCCAUAAUGAUCUGA